AUGGCUGCGGCGGCGGCGGCGGCGGCGGAGGAGCUGCGGGAGCUGCGGGGGCUGGUGGAGCGGGCGGGCGGGCGGCGGGCCGUGCUGCUGGUGGCCGAGGUGGCGGAGGGCGCCCCGGCGGCGGCCACGCUGGCCGCCUUCGCCCGCGACCUCCUGGGCGACGAGUCGCCGGGGCCGCCGGGGCCCCGCAGCUCCCCGCCGCCGCCGCCGCCGCCCGGCCGCCGCCGCCCCGGGCGGGCGCUGGCGGCGCGGCUGCUGCUGGUGCUGUGCCGCGGCGGGGCGGCGCGGGGCCGCGGGGCCCGGGCGCGGCUGCGGGAGGUGGUGCGCGACGUGCGCGGCCGCCUGCCCCCGGCGCCGCCGCCCGCCGUCGUCGGCGUCCUGCUGCCCGACGGCGACGGCGAGGACGCGGCGGCGCUGGACGAGACGCUGCGGCGGCACUUCCCGGCGCCGGGCACCGUGCAGGCGGCCCGCUACAGCCCCGGCAGCGCCGCCGCCCUGCGCGACUGCCGCGCCGCCGCCUGCCGCGCCCUGCGGGCCGCCCUGCAGCAGCCAGCAGAACGGAAAGAGAGCGAGAGGUGGAGACUCCCUUCCUUCCUGCAAUGCAUUUAUCAUGGCCGCAGGAGCCGGAGAAAAGGCCACAUAACAGAAGAGGCAAACGUUCAUGAAGAUGCUGUGCAGGACCUCGAGGAAGAAGUGGCUCUGAGCAGACUGUCACCCAACGGAAACUAUGAAGAAGCUGCUGGAGGCACGGGCACCUAGAGCUGCCGGGCACCCAGCACAGGCCAUGUCCUGGAUCUGCCUGGUUGAUUUGGAGCUGUGGGAGGAAGAGCUGGCGCAUGCCCACGUGCCUUCUCCUCUGGGGAGCAGCUGCUCGCCUUAACUCGCCAGGGCCUUCUGUAGCUACCACCAGCCUCCAGCGUCCGUGCUAGCCAGUCCUCCUCUGCUCACAGCGCUGCAGCAGCAGAGCCUUGCGGGGGCUGUGUCCCACUGCCCGUGGGGUGCCUGGAGCUGCCAAUGGGCAACGGUCUUUUGAGAAGCCCUUUGGGAACGUUGUCUUCUGGCUGGGUGUGAAGAUGUGGGGAUUUGGGUUGUUAAAUGCUGCAAUCUGCCUGCAGAAAGAGGAAUGCUUCCAAAUUCUGAGCAAAAUUCCCUGCUGAGAGAGGCCUUUCAGGCUGUUCUCCCUGGCAAGCAGACUCUGCUGCCGUGUUUUCCUGCUUUAUUGCUGUUUUGAAGUUGCCUCCCACUCUCUGAUCAGGAAAAGAAAGACGAGUAACAUGGUGGCAUGGGGACUGCAGUGGGACUAAGUGUGAGGCCUCGAAUUGACCAGCAGGCUGAAAAGGCUUGAACAUUACUGUGUAAUGCAAAGAAAUGCAGUAACCGCCUGUUCUGGGUCGCAAGAAUAAUGCAGAAGAUACGGAAAAUAAUGGCAGUGGGAGCGUGGUUUUGAGAGCAGGAUGCAUCUGCCUGGCUUGUCUUGGCGUUCACAGACUGACCGACGGGCUGCUUGGGCUGGGAGGUGACAGACAUGGACUGCUAUGUGGUUGAUGUUAGAUGGGGUGAGGAGAGAGGCCUGUCUGAGCAUGGACGUCUCCACAACCAUGUGGUGUCAGGUCCAGGAGGAGGCCCACUGUGUUCCUCUCACUGAGAUGUCGCUGCUUCAUGAAUGAAUGAAUAAAUACAUAUAUAUGUAUGAAGAAUCAUCUAAGUAGUUCCAAAUGGCCAGUAGUAGCCUGUGGGGCAAAAGAGAAUCACACAACAGUUGGGGUUGGAAGGGACCUCUGAAGAUCGUCCAGUCCAAGCCCCUGCUCAAGCAGGGUCAAAUGCAAUUAAUUACAAAUCCUUGGCUGAGGGAGACUAUUACUAUAAUGCUAGGAAUGCCUUUUUUGUGAGCAUUUGAAUGCAACAUACAACAGGCUGUGUUUUCUUUUUAGCACAAGUUGGGUUUUGUUUGGGCCUGGCUGGCCUUUCAAAGGUUCAUCCUUCUCAGGAGAGAAACUUCACCCUCUCAUCUCCUGCGUGUGUCUGGGGUGCAGCGGUCACCGCACAGUGAUGUUCUUUCCCCAUUAUGUCCUUGUUUAGGCGAGUCUCAUAGGAGCUGGCAGCAUGAUCAGGUGAAUCUUUAUUUUCUUGCAGCAUUUGGCCUUUGCCACCUAGAAUGAAGAAAUACAGAGUAUAGAUUUGCAGUUAAACCUAUCUUAGUGCUACAAAUCCAAUGGAUUUAUUUACAGGUAAUUUAUAGGUAAAUUCUGCAAGUUUACCCUUGCAGUGAGACUUUCAUUGAAACUGAUGAAAUUCCUGGGAUUUAGAGAGGUGUAAGUGGGAAUAUAUUUUCCCCAAGUGUUUUUUUCCUUUGGCUGAGGAAUGAGUGACUAUAUUUUUUUUAGCAGCUGGUUGUGUGAAAGUGCAGCAGACAGAUUUACAAGUUUAAUUGAUUUAAUAAUUUAAAGGCACUGUUAUCUUAAGUGCCUGCUGUAAAGAAUAAAGACAUUUAAUAUCUGAACUGGAA